AUGAGUCGUAACAGUAAAUCACGUCCCCCACGUCGCUCACAUCCAGCUCGUCCCCAAAAUUCCGACCAGUGGGAUACCAAUUGUCAAUUCAACAACGUCGAUUCAUCUCUUGGUAGUCAGAAGUUACGUAGUGGUGGUCAGGGUAAUUAUUCUGCCAGACAGCA